AUUUUAACAGUAAAGGUAGCCAGCACUCCUUGUGUUGGUCAGACAGAACAGGUCAGGUGGACACCUAACAACAGCUAACUGUCCAUAUGGGCCUUCUGAUCCAGAUAAUCUUUGUUGGAGGAUUAAAGCAAUGGCCGUGAGAAGGAGGAGGAGGAGGACACACACGACCUGCAGCUCCUAUAACCUGUCAGCAGGACACAUUUCACCUACUGAUUAUAAUGCAUUCAUCAAAGAGCUCUAAUCACUGGACUCUCUCAGAGUUACUCGGGCAGCGGAGGCUCUUAGGGUUCGGAGCUUUGCUGGCAUGGCUUGUCCUCUUCCAUCUUCUUGUGAACGUCUGGCUCCUCUGCAUCUUCACCAGUCUCUUGGUGGUCCUCGGAGGUUGGCUUGGGUCCCGUGCUGUAUUGGAUGCCAACAGCCUCCUCCACUUGGAGCACUUUUUGCCACUUGGCAAAGUGAAUCCACCUCUGUAUUCACCUGAACAUGAGUGGAGGUUGAACCAUGAGAUCCACAGUGCCGUCCACAAAGCGAUGCGGGAUUUUGUGUCCUCAUGGUAUCGCACUCUGCUGCCAGAGGUGGAGGGAGAGUUUGAACGUGCAGUAUGCAAUUCGAUGCUAGAGUCAGUGAUGGAACUGAAGGAGCGAGCAAGGCGAGUGGACAGAAAAGCGCUGGUUCAACGGCUUCUCGAACUAUAUGGCUGUCACCUGCAGAGCUACAUGACGGCAAGGCAGAUACAGUCAACACAGAGGGAGAGCAUCCCUCUCUGGCACCUCUACAGCAAAGUAGACACCCCUCACCCAGCUGUCAGCAGCGCAGCCGCUGAGCUCAGCUACUCAAGAGCUCUAGUUAACCUUGUCUUACAUGUGCUUGUUCCAUACCCUCAGAUGGAAACCAGGACUGGAGGUUACAUGGUCACAGAACUCAUCACCUGCAAUGUGCUGCUGCCGCUCAUAAGCAGGGUUUCUGAUCCUGACUGGCUUAACCAGACCAUCGUAGACAUAUUCACCAGGUCCAGAGAGCCACAGGAUAUCAAUAUGGAUGAGCUCCCUGUAGGUGCCCUGUACAGAUUCCAGAUUCAGAAAGAGUCUUGGACCACCUGCCCGUCACUGUCAUCCUCUGAUCAAUUGGGUCUCACCAACAGUAGCAUCUCUGACCUUGAUGACCUGCAGAGCCAGAGUACAAUCUUUCAGAGUGAUUCCUCACAGGGCAGCAUGGUUAGCCUGGCAUCUGCUGGGAAAGUCCAAGGUUGCCAUGCAGGUCUGCUCACACCAUGCAAAGUGAAUUGCUGUUUACUCACAUCUGGCCACUACUCCAACUCAGCAGAGUCCAAAGUGCUUUCACUGGACUCCCUAAUUGCACCAGACACAGACGAUGACCUAACAACCUUUUGUGAAUGUGGGCCUCCAACCAACUUCUGCAAUGUGAUGACCUCAAAGUACGAUGAGACUGUUGGCUGCUUUGGUCCACUUAAAAAUAUUGGGCCGAAGGUGGUGGUGCCUGAGGACUCCCAGUGGCCAGCAGGUAUUGCCCAAGAAAAAUCCCCAACUUGUCCCCCAAGAAGGCUUUGUUUAACCCCCUACAACUUUGAUGCAACGAACACCCCAGCUGCUCCUAUGACCAUCCAGAAUGUGCAAAUUGCUGGCACAGUCACUGCAAAGGAGCAGCGUGGCACCGGCACGCAUCCUUACACUCUCUACACCGUAAAGUUUGAAACUGGGGCUGAUGCUGAAAACGAUGGCACUCUGCAACCUGUGGCUGGUCACACUGUCAACCGGAGAUACAGCGAGUUCCUCAACUUGCAAACACGUUUAGAGGAGAAGCCUGAAGUCAAGAGAUUAAUCAAGAAUGUCAAAGGCCCAAAGAAAAUUUUCCCUGAUCUUCCAUUUGGCAAUCCUGACAGUGAGAAGGUUGAAGCCCGUAAAAACCAACUGGAUACAUUCCUUAAACAAUUAAACAGCAUUCCUGAGACAGCCAACAGUGAGGACAUGCAGGAGUUCUUGGCUCUAAACACUGAUGUUUGCACAUAUUUUGGAAGAAAGCCUUUUGUCAAGUCAAGAAUUGAUAAGAUGAUGGAAAAUGCUUUAGACACAUUGAAGACAGCUUUCCCCCAUCCUGAGCCCCUCAGUCCAAUUGAAGACCUUGAAGGAGACCCUGAUGGAAGAACGAUGGACAACAAGAAAUACAGGAGGCUUAUGUUCCCAAGCAAAAUGUCCCCAUCUCUCAAUAUACCUGACUUGCAUCCUAAAGUGACAUACUGCUUCAGUGAGGGCAGCGCUGUGCUCAAUGGCAUGUCACUGUCCAGCCUAGAGAACUUCGUCAAGGAGCAGGAAAGACUUUUAUGUGAACUGAAUGGGAAGGAGACUGCCAAGCAGAGGUGUGGGCAGACUGGAAAAGAUAAGAAAACUUCAGACACAGCUGUGGCCGAUGUUGCUUUGAACAUCUUGUGUCUGCUGAUGAAGGACCAGUGGAGUUGGCUAUGCACUGAAAACAUACAGAAGACCAUCAGACUGCUCUUUGGCACCUUCAUUGAGAGAUGGUUGGAUGUAGGAGUUGCACACCUUACCAGUGCCCCCUGCUGGGUGAUUUACCUACAAGUGCUUCAGGAAGCUGUAUGGCCAGGUGGCACGCUGCCCGCUCAACCAAGACCAGAGCGCAGUGCAGCAGAAAGAGAGGAAACCAAGGAGCGAUGUCUGGAAUGUCUGAUGCAGCUGCUUCCAGAGCUCAUCACUGACAUGCUGGGCAGUGAAAAGUACAGGCUGAGCUUGGAGACCAUGCUGGAGUCUUUACAGGACUGUCAGAUAAACAAGCAUCUGCUCUACUGCAUCUGUGACCUGCUGCUGGAGUUUCUGAUCCCUGAGUCGUGUAAUGACGCCUUCCAGAGGUCCCUGCUGCAGAGUCUGGCUAAAGACACAGAGAGAGACAGUCUUCACUUGUGAUCCGCACAUGAUGACACUCUAAUGUCUCACAGUUGUAAGCAAUAGAUGAAUGCUGUGGGGGAUUGUGAUGUGUUCACUAGAUUCUCCUGGGUAACACAGAAUAGAGUCAUUAAGUGAAUGGUCACAAACAACAGGAUGUCAUGUGGCUCUACCUUAGGGAUUUAUAAUAAAUUUCCCUUCCCCGUGACUUACUGUA